GCCGUCUCCCUUUUUUAUUUUGACCUCGUUGUCUGCAUCACAAGAAAAAGCCGCCCACGACUGUUUGCCCAUCAUGGCCGCCCUAACUACGAUCAAGCUUACCAAUCGCUCGCCGAAGCUCCUCAAGCGUCUCCCCGAAUCCAUCGAGGUCCCCGCAGGUGCCAAUAUCGAAGAUGUCAAGAAGAUUAUCGCCCGAGAGGCUAACGUUGGCGAUUUCAACCGCCUGGGUCUUUCGAGUCCCGAAACCAAGAAGCUGCUGAAGGACCGCAAGGCUCUUGUUGCCGACAUUGACGCCGUUGCCAAGUCUGGCGAACUCCUGGUCAAGGAUCUUGGUCCCCAAAUCUCUUGGAGAGGCGUCUUCGUUCUCGAAUACGUCGGCCCGAUCCUCAUCCACCUCGCUGUUCUGGCUGCCCGUCCCUACAUCUACCCCGGUGGCGACGCACCAUUGUCCUCGACUCAAUGGCUUUCUUUCUACAUGAUCAUUGCCCACUUUGUUAAGCGCGAGAUCGAAACCCUCUUUGUCCACAAGUUCUCUGCCAACACGAUGCCCGUCAGAAACAUCUUCAAGAACUGUGCAUUCUACUGGGCCCUCUCCGGCUUCGUCUGCGCCGUCUCCAUCUAUUAUCCCGGCUCUCUUGCAGCUCGUGCUGAUGAACCGCUUAUUGACUAUGCCGGCCUUGCUCUCUACCUCUUUGGUGAAAUUAGCAACGCCGCUGUUCACCUGUACCUCGCCUCUCUCCGAUCGACUGGCGGCACUGAGCGUAAGAUCCCCCAUGGCUAUGGCUUUGCCAUCGUCACCUGCCCCAACUACAUGUACGAGAUUCUCGCCUGGGUUGGCAUCAUCAUCGCCAGUCGCGACUGGAGUGUUGCCCUUUUCAUCGCAAUCGGCGCUGGCCAGAUGUACUUCUGGUCCAAGGACAAGGAAGCAGCUUACCGCAAGGAGUUUGGCGACAAGUACAAGAAGAAGCGAUUUGGUAUUCUUCCUGGCAUCUGCUAAACUAGAUCUUGUAUCGUGUCAUCUAGGACAAAUGCUAUAAUGUGUAUUAAUACCUGUAUGCAUUUGCUGUUGGGACCUUCAUGAAUCUAUGAACCGUCAUGGGAAGGACUCUCCCGCAGGGGAACUGCGGCUACUUAAUAAGAGCAACGAUAAUGUUGCCAUUCAUAAUACGAUAAUGUGUUUUAAUAAAUAUAAGCGCUUAAUAAUGAAACUGGCCGUCGUCAAAACUUCAUGUCUGUCGUUAUCAUAGUUGUGAGCUUGUUUGCCUCUGCCCAACCGUUGGAUCUCAGUGAAGAAGUUAGCAUAAUUCAUCCUCCAACGCUUCCCGGAUAGCAGCCUCUAUGCCCUCACGGUUAGGGCCAUUUAGAUCGACUUCUUGUUGUGACCGCAUAGCCCCGUCGUCAUCAAUCUCCAUGGCAUCACCAUCCACAGCCUCAGCACUAGGGUCCUCGCGACCACAGUCGCUACAACUACAGAUACUGGCGCUGUCACUUCCACUUUCACUACCCUCCCCAUUUGCCAGUCUUACUGUCUCUUCUAGGACUAGAAACUGGCGCUCGAGGACUUCCGCCCAGUUUUGAACAUUGCCGAUUUCCUUUAACCCUCGUGCUGCAGAAUCGGCCUCUUUGGCCAGCUUCUCCCUUUCUUUUCGGAGACCCUCCGUUGCACCAACGACGUCUGCUUCCUGCUUUUCAAGAGAUGCAGCGUUUUCAUGAAGUAUUGUGGCGCGGGAUUGCAGUUCAGAGUCGACCAAGUUCCCAAUAGACGCUACAACGGCGGCGCGUGCUUCCGCGAUUUGCCGUUGCGUCUGCUGAGAAGGCAGAGUUUCAUGGAGAGGAGGCAAAGCUGUUGCAUGCACCGAUGCUGGUGGAGUUGUGUUUGUAGAAAGGAACGUCAAAGAGGUGGGCGGAGAGGAUGAGGACGACGAUACGUCGGUGGCUUGUUUUGGUGAUUGCGACAGUCCUCCGUCUGUAGUGACCUGAGGCGAUUUUGAUGUCGCCAUGGCAAAAAGCAUAUAGUUUUUCAAACUUUAUAAGGCUGAAAUGUAUAUUAUCGAAUGCAAUAAGGAGGUUGACAAGCAGGAGGUAGCAUCGGGACUAAGAUCGCGUUUUGGCUGG